AGAAGCAACAGUACGAGAGACUCUUCAAAAGGGAGCAUAAGGGGGAGAAGAAAAGCCAAGCUGGGAACAAGUUCAAUAAUUUCCCUACAUAAACCACUUCAUCUUAAGUCUCUGCAUCGCCAUUUCUCUCUCUGUUGAUCGUCCUCCCUUGCAGUUAAAAAACCGAAGAAAGGUAGCACGGUCUGAAAGACCCAGCACCAAAUGACUGAGGAAUUGAACAAGCCGGGAGAGAAGCAAUGGACAUUAGAAAUUAGCAAUGUGGCCAAAGACAAGACGAACUGGGAAACUCACUGCAUUUACAAAGUUCCCGAUUUCAUGGCCGACUUGCACAAGGGAGCCUUCACUCCCUUGCUCAUGUCCUUCGGCCCCUUCCACCACGGUAAUUCCCGUUACCGUGGCAUGGAAAUUCACAAGGCCAGGGCCCUCCACCGCUUCCUCGAUCGCAGGCAGAAACCUCGCGAGUACUUUGAAAAUGCCCUUCGAAAGGUGGAGCAUAAGCUCUGGGCUUGCUAUGACUGGCCUCCCGACUUUGCCUGCCUGGAUCAGGCCAAGUUCUUGGAGAUAAUGCUCUUGGAUGGCUGCUUCCUGUUAGAGUUUCUCAGAGAGGAUGAGGAGAAUGACCCUAUAUUUGGCAAGAAAAAGGCAGAGUAUGUGUACCAAGUAUUCAAUGACAUGCUGCUGCUCGAGAACCAGAUACCUCAACUGGUACUAGAGACUCUGCUCGAACAGUCGCCGAGAGGCUUAUACGACGCGAUAAAGGGGUUGGAGAGGCUGUAUCACAUGGACAAGGCACAGGGGAAGAUCAUGUUGGAAGGGUUCAAGGAGAUGGGUGCGCUGCAUUGGUUGGACAAGGAGAGGCAGACCAAGUGGGAAGGCAUAAAAGGGCCCGAGGGGCUCAAGGAGAAGCCGAGGUUUUUCAAGAGAAUGUGCGAAUGGAUAAAGAGAUUGUGUGGGGUCCCUCUGGUUCAAGAGGAGCAGAGUAAGGAGAAUGAGAGGGAGACGCAGUCCUUUAUCAAGCGGCUCACGACCACGAAUCUUGACGAGGCCGGGGUGAACUUAAAAAAGAGCAGAACACGAGCCUUCAAGGACGUGAGUUUCAGUCAUGGGGUACUGCGCAUGCCGGCUCUAAUCGUCGACGACCACACGGGAUCCGAGCUUUUGAACUGUAUGGCGUUUGAACAGCUGCAAGUAGGUAUUGAAACAAAGGUCUGCUCAUAUGUGGCCUUUAUGGAGCAACUGAUAGACACAAUCAAGGACGUAGAGUUACUUGAGAAGGCAGGUAUAAUAGAGAACUACUUAGGGAGUCAGGAGAAAUUGGCAGAGGUCUUCAAUGGCAUCUGCGAUGGGAUUACGGUUGAGGAUGAUUUUCUUCGCGGUGUGAGGAUUCAGGUGAAAAGGCAUUGCGACCGACGAUGGAACAAGUGGCGAGCUUACUUUGUGCACACCUAUUUCAGGAACCCAUGGACGGUUAUCGCGUUUAUUGUAGGACUCCUCAUCACUGCACUCACAACCCUUUCAACAGUCGUUUCGCUACUCCGAUACUUCGCCAUAUCCCACCCUUGAUGAUCCUCCUGUCGUUGUUCAGAUGUAAAGCCCUUGCUGUGGGUUUAAUCUACAUGUCUCGUUAAAGUGUGUUUGUUUGUGUGUGAAAGAGUGUUAAUGGGCAUCUGCAUGUUGAGUUAUUUGAUGCCUUUAGAGUCUCUAUGUCAAAAACAUAUAGAGAGAAUAGAUGGGUCAAUGAAAAGGAAGAAUUUCGAUA